CCCAGGGACCCCCAGCCAGCCGCUCCCCCGGGAGCGCUCCCCGCACCCGGUUUCUCCCACGCCUACACCGCAGCGAUUCAUUUCAUGCAACAAAACAAGCCCUGUCGAAAGAGGCCACCCCGCUGCCGGGCUUUUCCCCGCAGGCAGUGGGUGUAGGAGAGUGUGAUGGUGCAAACCAGGCUGCAAGGUGCCAGAUGCCACGGCAUGGAAGAAGGCAGAAGGUUUCUGGGGAGAUGGGCUGGCCACAGCUGCUUGUCCUGGUGAGCUGCUGUGGGCCGAGCCAGAGUGGAGCUUGGAUUUGACCGGAGAUGAGUUUGGGUUGUCUCCAUCCUGUGUGUCCUGUUGGAGUGGUCAGGGGAAGCCAAACAGGUGAAUUUCCCUCAGAUUUGAAGUGCUGUAACAUCUCCCACAUCCCCAGAGGCCUGUGGUGCUGCUCAGCCCACACAGAGCUGUAGAUUAAGGCCGGUUUGGGUCUUUAAUAUAGAAAGCUGUGUGGUGCCAGGAGGUGAAAUGAGAGGGGUGUUUAUGUCCUGUCAGAAAGCAGAGGAAGGAGGGCAAAACUUGCCUUCCCUCCCUGGCUUUUAAACGGAUUCCCUACAGCCUGUAUGGAUGUGUGGAUCGGGGGAUCUCACCGUCCUGCUCCUUUCUUGUUUUUUAACUUGCUGGUUUGGUUCAGACAAAAAAGAGAGGGGGAAGCUCCCAAGACCCUGUGGGAUUCUCCAGCUUGUGUGGAAACAGCCAGAGGGUCACAGGGAGUGAUGGUGUUGUGCCAUCACCCUCUAGGAAACCCAGAGAAUUCUCACCAUCACGGGCGGCUGCUCCAGAGGGAAGAGCAGGACAGUUUCUGCGGUGGAUUGUGCUGGCACUGGCUUUGGCUGUUGUAUAAUGAUGCUGUAAAUACUUGGGUGUAUCCCACAUCCCGAGGCUGCAGACAGACCCUUUCCCCACCUCUCCCUCUGAACUUUCCCCUCCUGCCUCCCUGAGUGGCAGCAUCUCCGUGCCCACCCCCAAAAGGCUGCAGCACCCUGCUUAUCCCCCUCAAUCCGGGGGUGCAUCCAGAUGUUCCUCCAGCAUCUGCCAUCUACGGGGGAUUGGGAUGCAGAGAGAAGGCUGCACCAUCCCCAUCCUGGGGACAUGCUCUGCACCACCCUGCCCUUGCAAGCCCACCUGUGGCUGGCUGGAUCUCCCAGGGACCUGCAUCCCCCUGAACCCGCCGUGCCGGAUGCUCUUCCAUUGAAAAGUGCCGUUCAUUGUAACCCAGCCUUUUAUAGCCGCCUCGGAGCGGCUGCGUGGCCAUGCCAAGAAAGGCUGCAGCCAGCUCAGAAUAGCUCUUUUCAUGGAGGACAUCCUGGGAAGGAACAAUGUUCCUGCUCUUGGGAUUGUGGGAACUUUGUAUUUCUGCCACUGGGGAAGCGGGGAGCUGUGGGGCCGGCCAGGGCGUCUCCCAGCCCCUCGCUUCACCCUCUCCUGAAAAUAGUCCUUGGGAUGAGUUUUGAAUAGUCCUGUGCUUAUAAAGGGAGCUGCAAAUGCCUCCGGACGCUUCUCCUCCGGUUGGGAACAGUUAUUUCUGGGAGAGCCAGCGCAUCAAUCACAUUUCCUAUUCACGUCGCUGGCGUGCAUUUUCCUGGCGUGGAACUGGCAGCGAGUGGGGCCGGUUUCAUUUUCGGGUGCUGGUGCUGCACAUGCUCCAGGGCUGCCAGCACACAGUGUGUGAGCAGGGCUGGACACAGGGCACUGGGCACGGCCGCGUGGGCUCUGCUCCCUCACACUUCCCCUUGAGGCCGGAUUUGCAGCGCUGGGUGCUGAAGGGUGACCUUCCUGAGUGGCCACAGCCCUUGGAUGGCUGUUCCGUGGCAGGAAGGUGGUGAGUUGGAUCUGGCAGCUCCUCCGUGGUGAGGCCAGCUGGCUCUGAAUGCUCAUCCUCCGGGAGCGGGUGGCAGGAUUGCGGCGCUGGCUCCCAGCACUGCCCUGGCACUGCUUGGUGCUGCCGGCUCCUCUGGCUGCAAUUAAACAACAAAUGCAUUUACUGGGACAAAUAACCCAUUGCUGGAUCCAGGCGCAGAUUCCCAUCCCGGUCGGUGCUGGCACCGCCGCUGCAGCAACGCUCAGGUUGGGCAAGAGUUUAAGGGAAGCUCCUGGGGGUGGCUGGGCUGCAGGGCUGGAUCCUGCACAAGCCCCAGCUCGCUGUCCCAGCCCACAUCAAAGCCACCGCGGCCGGUCCGUCCCGUCCCACUCUUCCUCGAGCUCCUGGCCCAGCACCCCAAAACAACCUCAGCACCCCAAAACAACCUCAGCACCCAAGAACAGCCCCGAGGUGGGGCGGGCUGGGUGAUGUACAGCUCUUCCAGCAGCUGGCAGGGAUAGAAGCCCCCCAUCCCAACUAGUCCCUGGUGUGUCCAAGGAUGGGCUGGAUUCUCCAUUCAGAGCAAAUUAAAGCAAUCAGUUUUCACAAGAAGUACUUCAUCCAACCUGCAGGAUGGCCAGGAGCUCCUCACGGGGACAUAUGAGGAAUAAGAUGUAAAUUCUGCUUUAAAGCAGCUGGAUUCCAGCAUUGAGGAGCGCAGCGGGCUGGAGCAGGGAGAAGCUCACCCGGCAGCAGGAACUCACAUCCCUGUGGAUGUUGCUACUGGAACCUGGGGCUGAGCAGAAGAGCGGGAGGCUGCUGUGGUAACUCCAGCAUGGAUUCAUCCGGGAUCGAUCUUUCCACGUGGGAAGUGCGCCAGGCAGAAGCAGUGAGGUCGGCAUUGCGCCAGUGCCGGGAGGAGGAAGCACUGGGGAGUUAUUUCCCAUCGUCGUGUUGGAAAAGCACGUUGCCACUGGAGACAGCCUUCGGCUGCUUCCCACCGCGUGGCACAGACGAAGCCCGGCUUUUCCUGCGCCACGAACCUCUCCCGAAGCUGGCGCGAAGCGAGCCUGGAAUCUUGGAAGGCGAAUUCCCUGUCCUGGGAAUCUCCCACCUGCCUGUGGAGCCAUUCGCACGAGUGCCCCGCUUCCCUCCGCGUUUUGCGGGCGCAUCCCUCUGAGCGUGCCGGCGGCGUGGGUGGUGCGGCGGCGAUUCCCGGGUGCCGGGAGGAAGCGGGAGCGCGGCGGAGGAUGCUGAGUCACCGGCAGGCUGGCGGCGCUGAUAGACGGGGCCCUGCCGGGGCAUUCGGCCGGGCUGCGGCGGGCGCAUGCCCUGCACUGCCGGGACGCCGCACGGCCCCGAGCCUUGGGCGGCUCUUCUGAGAAGCCGGGGCUGGCGGGGCGCAGAUAACAUCUCCCCUCGCCUGCAACCUUCGCGGGACGUGCUCGGCUGGGCAGCGGCGUGGCCGCCUUGCUGGAGCCUCGGCAAUGAAUGGACACUCGCUGCCGGCCGGCACGCCAGCGCAUCCCCGGGGCUGGCAUGAGUUCUGCGAGCUGCACGCCAUCAGCACCGCCAAGGAGCUGGCGCGGCACUACCUGCGCUUCGCCACCGAGCACCCGCACCAUGACCUCCUGGCCGCCGAGAACUUCUCGGUGCAGUUCACCGACCUCUUCCAGCAGUACUUCUGCCACGAGGUGAAGGAGGGCAUCGCCAUGAACCAGCUCCGUAUCCUGCCCGCCGGCCCGGCGCGGGAUUACCGGGACACGCACCGGCGCCACACCGACGCUUCCCUGGGCACGGUGACCACAAAAGCCGAGGGAGAGCCCGGCGCCCGUCCCGAGCAGCCUGUCCGAGCCCCUGAGGCUGCUCCCUCUGGACUGCGCAAGUCCUGGAGCUCGGAGGAGCUGGCGGGGCCGGCGCGGAGGCCCUUCUCGCUCAGCCAGCUGCGCAGGAGCUGGCGCAGCCUCUUCCGCCGCCGCUCCUCGGAUGCCCUCCCCGGGGAUGGCGAUGGGGAGGCGGCGGAGGCGGCUCUCAAGCCGGGACUGGGGAAGCGCAUCCUGCCGUGGGGGCUGUCGCGGGAGCAGCCCCCCGAGGUGCGCAAGGAGGGGCUCCUCAAGUACGGGCUGCUGGAUGAGAAUUCCCUGGACAGCGGGACGCGCUGGCAGCGCUGCCGCCUGGUGCUGCGGCAAGCGGGGCCGCCCGACAACGAGGAAUUUGUGCUGGAGCUCUUUGACCCGCCCAAGGGCUCCAAGCCAAAGCUGCUCAUUGCCUGCUCCGCCGUGCAGGAGAUGCGGAGGUGCACACGCCUCGAGAUGCCCGAUAACCUCCACACCUUUGUCCUCAAGGUCACCAACGCUACCGACAUCCUGUUUGAGGCAGGGGAUGAGCAGCAGCUCAGCUGCUGGACGGCCGAGAUCCGGGAGUGCAUGCGCAGGGGCAGGUCUGACACAGGUGACCCUGAGCUCCUGAUGUGCCGGCACCCUGACCCCACAGCCGCCAACCCCACCACUAGCACCGACCCCCUCAGCCAAGGGGCGACACCGGGGGGCCCAGGGGAGGCGGCGGGGCCGAAGAUGGAGCAGUUCCUCUCCUCCUGCCCCUGGUUCCACGGGCCCAUCUCCCGGGUGAAGGCGGCUCACCUGGUGCAGCUGGGGGGGCUGGAGGGCCACGGCGUGUUCCUGGUGCGGCAGAGCGAGACGCGCCGCGGCGAGUACGUGCUCACCUUCAACUUCCAGGGCAGAGCAAAGCACCUGCGGCUGGCGCUGACAGAGCGGGGCCAGUGCCGUGUCCAGCACCUCCGCUUCUCCUCCAUCGUGGAGAUGCUGCACCACUUCCACCGCUACCCCAUCCCGCUGGAGUGCGGCACCGCCUGCGAUGUCCGGCUCUCCAGCUACGUCGUCGUCCUGCCCCAGGCGCAAGCUCCCGGCUCCAGCACCACGGUCCCUCUCCUGCUGCCCUUUCCCGGCUGGAGCCCCGAGUUCAGCCUCGUCUCCGCCGGUUCCUCCUGCCCCGAGGAGCCCCCCGCGGGUCCCCCAGCGGAGCAGAUCUUCCACCUGGUGCCGCCGCCGGCCGAGCUGGCACAGAGCCUGCGCCCGGCCAGGGCCACCUCGGCCCCCGCACCCCGGCCCCGUGACUCGGACUACGAGGUGGAGGCUCAGGGCCGGGGCCACAUCCGUGCCAUCGACAACCAGUACACGCCGCUCUGAGCAGCACCGCGCCAGCACUGGGAUGCACUUUCGGGUGGAGAAAUCCUGGAGACCUUCUGGGGAUCCAUCGAGAGAAAGAAUGUACCUGUUUCUUCCUUCUGGUUAGGGAUUAUUAUUGUAUUUUUUGCAAGGAAGGGGGUAAUUUUUCACUCCUGUACGGGUGUGCUCCCUCUCGUUGGCCUGUUAAAGGGCCUCUUAUUGUUAUUUUUGUUGUUCUUAUCAAAGCUUUCUCAUUACUGUUUACACAACGCCGCUCGUGCCUGUGCCGGGCCCGGUGUCCUGCCUGUCCCUGACAUGACAGAGCCCAGCCAAGGAACCGGGGUCUUGUGUUACACCCAUGGAAUUGGAGAAAGGGAAAAAAAAACCAAACCAGGAUAACAUGAAAAAAAGGAUUAUAAAUUCACUGCCAAGUUGCUGCUCCAGGCCUCGUCCUCCUGCCCCGGCUGCUGAGCCCACCAGCAAAGCCCGACCUGAGCUGAGCUCCCAUGAUGGGUGAAGAGCAGGGUUUGGGCUUUUUUUUUAGCUAAGGCAAAAACUGGCUUUUUCUUGCUUUUCCUUUUUAACCCAGCACAGCCGUGGUCACUCCCUGUGCCAGCCCGAGGGAUCCUCAUCCUGCUCUCCCGGCUGAUUGAGACUGAACACUAAUUGCUCCAUCCUUAGCCAUGGCACCAGCUGAGAACUAACACAGAGAUUGACACAAACCACUCCUGCUGGUGAGGGAGGGGUUUAUCCCGUUUUAUCCUGGUGAGGGAUGCAUUCUAUCCCGGUGAUGGAGGCUCUUUAUCCCUGUGAUGAAUGGGGUUUUAUCCCGGUGAUGGAGGUGUUUUUAUCCCGGUGAUGGAACCGCUUUGUCCUGGUGAUGGAAUUGUUUUAUCCAGGUCGUGGAGGUGUUUUAUCCUGGUGAUGGAAUCAUUUUACCCCAGUGAGGGAACCAUUUUAUCCUGGCAAUGGAACCGUUUUAUCCCAGUGAUUUUAGGCACAAAUCUAAAGUCAGUUUUCCCCCUAAAGAGCCCCCCCACUCUUUCUUGCCUUUUUCCCCCCAGAACACUGUGUCACCAGGAGCUUGGUGGCAUUUCCAGCUACACAACGGCCUCUUGCAGGCGAGGGGUGUCCUUGGGGACACCUCCUCACCUGGAGGAAAAACUUGUCCAAAUCCCUGGGUCUCAGCCUCCCCUGAUCCCCAGCUGUCCCCAAACUCUGCUGCUGUUCCCAAGCCCCUGGGGCUGCUUCACCUGCCUGGGGCAGCCAGGAGAAAGGAAGCACUUCUGAGAAGCUGCCGUUAUUUUAGGAAAGAGGAAGGGCUGGAGCUGUUGCGCCACAUGGGAGGGGAUGUUCACAGCAUUCAACUUCCAGAUUUCCCAGCGCAGCCUUCCCUGGGAUUUCAGAUGCAAAACUUUCCUUGAGAUUGCCUGACAGAAAGCUUUUUUAUUUCUGUUUUCCUUGAAAUUGCAAUACAAGUGGGAGCCCUCAGGAGCAUUAAGAUUUAGCAAUUAAUUUGAAAAGCAGCAAACACAAAGCCUUGUGGGGCUGAGUUAGGGAAUUCCACAAAAUUCCAGCCUCAAGGUUGGGCUUUGGUGUGAAGCAGGUGCUGGGUGAGCCAAGGUCAGGAGCUGAAGGGCAAGGCCAAAAUAUCUGGGGCCGAACAGCUCUAGGAGCAGCCGUGAGAGCAAAUCUGGGUUUAUAAAUCAAAAGAUGCUGCAGGGACAAACGGGAACUAUCAACCGGAGAAACCAUUCAGGUUUCCCUUUUGUGCCUCCCCGUUGCUUGCUCUGGCUCUCUCCUGGGCUUUGUGCAUUUAGAGCAGGCAAAGGCUUUUCUCCCCUGCUUUCUCUACACUCGUGCCUGAAACUGGGAGCAUUAAGAGCAAACUGCACUGGUGCUGCAGCACUGCCAGCCCCGGAGAGGCUGAUGGGGAAACAAAGCCAGCCCUGUCCUCGCUGGGCUCCUCAGCUGUAUCCGCAUCCCAUUCUCCUCCCCGGAGCAGCACAAAGGCUGCAGCCAGAGGCAGGAGCACAUCCCCGGGGCUGGCUUGUGCCAGGCAAGGCAGCUCCCUCUGAGGCUCAUAAAUAACUCCCCGUGCUCUUGCAUUUAUAGGGAUGGGGAAGGGAAGGGGGGACAGCACAGCACAAGUUGUCGGCUCCUUUCCUUACUUGCUGCCUGUUUCCCAAAACCUUGGGAAACACAGGGAUGUGCUAAAUUGUGCUAAGAUUCCUGUUUUUAUUCCCACUGAGCUCCAGGGGACUGUGUUCAAAGGGGUUUUCCCCCAAAAGGUGAGGUGGAAUCACCCCCAUCUCCCCACAUCUGCAAAGAAAGGACGGGCUGGGAAAAGGCAUCGCUAUUCACAUCCCUUGCCAGAUGAAUCCAGAGAAAUCCUUGCCAGAUAAAUCAGAUGCUGCUGGGGUGGGUUGUUUUGGCACGCCAGGACUUUAUUGUUCCAGUGCCAGAACUGAGACAUGCGUGUGCAUGUGGUAUUUUUAACCUGCAGUUUAAUUACAGGGGGGUUCUCUGCAGUUUAAAUGGAAAUUGCUGUGCUUGAUUAGGAAAAUACACGUUGGGUUCAUUAUCUCCCCGCCAGCUACUUCCCCCAUGCAAACAAACGCCAGUGGGGGAGAACUCCUGUUCUCCCCACCAGUGAGCAGCGGGAGAGUCCCUCUGAUUAUUUAAUUCCAUCCCCACACUCACCCACAGGGAGCCAAGGGCUGUCCCAGCUCCACCAUCUCCUCAUUUCUGAUCUGCUGCAGCAGGACCUGAGGGGAUUUUUGGGCUAUUUCCUAAGCUCCUGGGGGACUGAGUUUGAAAUCCCAUUUCUCCUAGAAAACGUUUGGCUUGUGACACAGAUCAGAGUCUGACACUGCUCCUGCCAGCACGUUACUCCAGCCCUAAGGUACUCACUCCUCUGGAUUACAGCAGUGGGCAAAGAGCAUUAAGCCAUUCCACCCCAUGGAAUAUAAGCAUUCUGCAGGGUUUUUAUAUUCUUGUGAUGCGAGAGAAGAGCCCAGGGCUGGGCAGGUUUAGUUCCCCAGCCCCUGUGGGAUUUUUAUUGGCGUUUAGGGGAGUUUUGGGAAGAGGGGAAGCCAAGGGGAGAGCCCCUGGCUGGCUCUGUGGAGGUGCGGCCUCCUCAGAAAUAAAGUCAGGUGUGGCCACCAGUUUGUGCCUUGGCCCUGGAGCUGGGCUCAUGGAACACGAGUUCAGAUCCCACCUAAUGAAGCCAGGAGCCUCAGGAGCGGCUCUUGGAGGCCUGGUGGCCUCCCCCAGGAGGGGCUGGGGUGGGGAGCCCCAUUUCAUCCAGCUACUCAGGACAGUUUUGAGCAAUAAAGAUGUAAACCAGGCAGUGCCUUCACUCUGUGUGACACCAGGGACCUGGUUUAGGGCACAAUCCAAGACUUGGGUCUGGCCAGAACUCCUCCCUCUCCUCUCCCUCUUGCCAGCCCCUCCUGCUCAGUGGCCUUCGUGUCCUCAGGGGUGUCAGGUUCUGAAGAAGCCCCUGCCAUGAAGCAUUAGUUGAGGUCUCCAUCCCUCCCUCCCUCCCACAUCCCAGCCCUGUGGAACAGCACCAGCAGGUACCGAACACUGACACCACCAUCCCUCACCCAUCCGUUUGCAUUGAAGUUAUUUUGGGGUGAAACUUCUAGGAAAAGAUCCAGAGAGAAGCCAAAGCUUUUCAUUCCUCAUCUGGACCACCAAACCCUGGUGUCAUCCAGCAUUCCAAACUUUUAGCUUUGAUCCAAACAGCCCCAACCUUCCCCAGCAGCUCCCAGAGGCAGAGAGGCGACUGUGUAUUGCCUAAAUCAGCCUUUAGCAGGACGAUUAAAGCCAACAGUUUUGUUGGAGUGUAUUAAUUUGAAAGUUCUACUUUUCACCUGCACAGAAAAGUUCUUCUUGUAUAGUAAUUUUUUUCUAUAUAUUGUUUCUGUAUGUACUGUACAAGUAACUUAUUCUUGAAUAACACGAUUUUACCGUAAUAUUAAAAAAAAAAAAAAUAUGCUCUUAAUAAACUGUUUUUAGAACUCA